AUGCCUGGACAUUUUAUAAACGAAAUAAAUUCAUGUGUAGAUGAUUCACUUAUUGGUUAUGUUCGUGCACAUAAUCAUUUAGAAUUAAUGGGUAGAGCUGUUAUUGCACGAUCUCAAGUUCCAUCUGUGGCUAUUAUUAGUGGAAGUGGUUCUGGUCAUGAACCAGCUACGACUGGUUAUGUUGGUCGUGGAUUAUUAAGUGCUUGUAUAUCAGGUUCAAUAUUUGCAUCACCACCAUCAUCUGAUAUCCUUCGACUUAUUAUUGAAAUGAAACGUCGUGGUGCUAAACAAAUACUUUUAAUUAUUCUUAAUUAUACAGGCGAUCGACUUAAUUUUGGUUUAGCUAUGGAACGUGCACGAGAAUUAUCGAUUGACAUUGAUAUGUUGGUUGUAGCCGAUGAUGCUGCUGUUGAUAGUGCUAUUGGACCUCGAGGUUUAGCUGGAGCAUUGUUAAUAAUUAAAAUAGCUGGUGCUUUAGCUGAACAAGGCAAAAAUAUGAAUGAAAUUGUUGAUAUUUGUCAAAAAGUACGAGGUCAUUUACGUACAAUUGGUUUAUCGGCUUCAGGUGUUCAUCCACCAGGUCAACAGAAAGCAUUUGAGUUACUUGAUGAUGAAAUGGAACUUGGUAUGGGCAUUCAUGGUGAAAGUGGUGCACAAAGAUUAAAACUAUUAUCAUCACAACAAACAAUAGAUUUAGCAUUUGGUCAACUUUUUCGUGGUACACGUGCACUUGAUAUUAAACAAGAGGAUAAUGUACUUCUUUUUGUCAAUAAUCUUGGUGGUUGUUCAAAUCUUGAAUUAGGUAUUAUUGUUAAAGAUGCUAUUGAAAGUUUAGAACGUCGUGCAAUACAUGUUAAACGUAUUAUAUGUGGUGAAAUGAUGACAUCAUUGAAUAUGAAAGGUUUUUCUUUAACUGUACUUAAAUUAACAACAGAUAUGAAUUCAACAAUAUUAAAUCUACUUGAUUUACCAACAGAUGCAUUUGCUUGGCCAAAAACAAUUAGUCCAGUACAAUUAUCAAGUAGUAUUCAAAUAUUAUCGGAUUCAUUAGAAUUUAAUGAACAACUUAGUACAGAAUUUAUUAAUAAUGACUCUCAAUUAUUAUUUGAAUCAUCUAUUGCUGAAUUAGUUAAUCAAGCACUUCAAGCAAUUAUUAAAACACUUCAUAGUGAAACAGAUAAACUUAAUCAAUUAGAUGCUGCUUCAGGUGAUGGUGAUACAGGUAUAGCAUUUGCUCGAGCAGCUGAUACAAUGGCACAAGAUCUUGUUAAUGGAAAAUUAAAAUUUGAUCGUCCUUCAUCACUUUUUCGUCGUCUUGGUCUUAUUGCUGAAAGUCGAAUGGGUGGUACAUGUGGAGCAAUUUGUGGUCUUUUUUUUGCUGCUACUGCAAAAAAUUUAUUAUUAACUCAAUCAAGUACAAUAAUCGAAGGUCUUGGUAAUGCAUUUGAAGCUGGAAUACAAACAGUUGAAUCAUAUGCACGUGUACAACCAGGAGAUAAAAGUUUAUUAGAUGCUCUUAUUCCAACUGUUGAUUUUAUUAAAUCAAAAUGUACACAACAAAGUUUUACAUCAGAAGAUUGGAAAGAAUUAGCAAUAGUUGCUGAACGAGCUGCACAAGAAACAAAAAAUCUUGUUGCAAAAGUCGGUCGAGCUUCAUAUACAAAAUCAAUGGAUGCACAAUUUGUUGAUCCCGGUGCUUAUGCAGUUGCAAUUAUUCUUGGAGCAAUUAGUGACGUCUUUAGUAAAGCAGCCGUUCAUUAA